AUCCGAAAGACAUAAGAACUUCCCACAAAGUUUGAAAUCCGAUAGACAUCUCUCCUUCUCUCUCUCUCUCUGUUUAUCCAUUCGAUAAUCAAUUCCUUUUUAGAAAAAAAAAAAAAAAAAAAAAUUAAAUGCAGAAAAUUUGUAUCGAAGAAUCGAUUGCGUAAACGCCCGAGUUUAUCCACACGCCUCGAUUUCCGCACAAAUUUUCCAUUGGCGUUUUAAUCCUGUUGGUUUCGAGCGACGACACGAUUCUGUUGAGGAAUCUCGAAACCCCAGCGGAGGAGAUUUGUAAAGAUGAUGCGAAGGCAGGCUCAGAGUCAACAGGAUUAUCAAUCCAAGAUUUUAUACGAGCUUUCAGCUUUAGUUCUCAACAUCAUGCGAUCCCCUCCGCCGUCGAUCGGUUUCUCCGAUCAGGCGGCGGCGGCGGAUCGCCGGAGACCUGAUUGGCCGUCGUUCCAGCAGAUUACUCCCGCGGGGUUUGCUUCGAUGCUUUUAGGGAUUUCAUUGGCUCUGAUGCUCUGUGGAUCCGUGACUUUUUUCCUUGGUUUCAUUCUCAUGCCCUGGGUUCUCGGAUUGGUUAUAGUUUUAUACUUUGUUGGCGUGGUUUCGAGCAUAUCCAUGAUUGGGAGAGCGAUUUUGUGUCAUAAUUCUGCGCCUCCUUCCCCUAGGAAGGACUAUUCUUGAAAUGGAUAGAGUGUGCAUAAGAAGACAUCCAAUUGAAAGGUCUCGAAUGCCCGCGAUCUACCGGUAGAUUUUGAUCACCAAGAUUCGACAGCAGCAUCAAGAAGGCGGCAUUUCUUGGGAUUUCUCAUCGGGUGUCGCAGUGUGGAAGAACUGUGAUACUUCGCGAUAAAGCAGAUCAGCCUCGAAUGGCUUCGAUACGUAGCCAUCCAUCUCACACUUCAAGCAUUCUUCGUUGGUGGCUUGAAUUACGUCGGCUGUCAUGGCCAAGAUAGUCACGUGCCAGUUCGAGAUGCUCCCGAAAUCCUCCACGGAGAGGUCCCCUGACCGGAGACGGUCGUUGAUGCUGGACUCGAUCUCCCGGAUCCUCUUUGUAGCUUCAAACCUGGAGAAAAUGCAAAAUACCCGUAAAACUAGCUCGAACAGGUGAUAUGUGUCGUGAAACUUCUUCGAAAGUAUUGAAAAAUCGAGGCUGAUGCGUACCCAUCCAUUUCGGGCAUCUGGAUAUCCAUGAAGCAGGCAUCGAAACGAUGAAAGGGAGUUAGCAACGAGAUUGCGUCCUUCCCUCUCUCCGCAAGGAUUACAUCGGCGCCGUAACGUUUCAAUGCUCCAUCGGCUACAUGGAGAUUCACCGGAUUGUCGUCGACGACCAAAAUCCUUCUCCCGCGGAGGAGAUUGUUGAGGGACAAUGUCUGAAGCUCGACUUUUCCUCGGUUUCCUACGCCCAUGGCACGUUGUAGGGAUGCUGCGAGCAUACUUGCCCUAAGUGGCUUUACGACGACAAAUGGAUUAGGACAACCGGCGCCGGGGGAGACAUUCGACGACUUGGAUAAAAUAAGCAUUGUAGGCGCGACCGUUUGAUUGGUACUUAAAGUCGCGGAAAGUCGAAGAUGGAUGCCCUUGUCCUUCUCCCAUAUCUCCUCUUCUACGAAAACCAUGUUGAUCGGGGUGUUUCUCGGGUUUAAGCUUGAAAAGUCUCGACUGGAGUCGCAGACGACUUCGACGUGUAUUCCCAAGCGCUCGAUGUGAUAUUUGGAGACGUUUGCUCGGAUGGGAUUCGAGUCGAUUACCAGAGCUUCCAUGCCUUGGAACUCCGAUGACAGUGAAUUCGACUGGCUGCUCACUUGCUGACUGAUCCGGUCGUUUAAGUCGGAACAUCCGUUGGCGAAAACUGCGGUGAAAGUGAAAGUCGAUCCGACUUGGGGCGAGCUUGCGAGCCCGAUCUCGCCGUUCAUGAGGCGCACCAAACACUUGCUGAUGCUCAGCCCGAUCCCCGUCCCGCCGUGCGUUCGUGUUAUCGAGGGUCCGACUUGCAUGAAUGGGUUGAACACGCGGGAUUGAGCUUCGACCGGGAUUCCUUGGCCUGUGUCCUCCACGGAUACGAUAAGGUUUAUUUGUUCAGACGACAAUGACGAUGAAGAAGAAGAAGAAGAAGAAGAACGCACAGCGCUGUCUCGGUUGAAGCUCGGCCAACUCUCCCUGCCAUUGACUACGCGCACACCGCUCAGAGUAUUCGUCGUGUCGAACUCCUCAUCUAUCAAUUUGAUCACUUCUUCGACUAGAUGGACUGUGACGAAUAUGUGUCCCUUAUCGGUGAACUGCAAAGAGAUGGAUCGAUCGUUCGAUGAGAAUCAUUAGGUGCAGAGAGUUGAAAUUUCUAAGAAUGUAGACGAAGCUCACUUUGAUCGAGUUUCCGACCAAGUUCAUCACAAUCUGUCGGAACCUUCCCGGAUCGCCAACUAGUGUCGCCGGAACUCUACUAGAGACAUAUACAGCCAACUGCGCUCGAAUAAAAAUUGACCAAGGUUAGUUUAAUGGGAAGGUAUUCGAUGGAGCUCAAACGUACAUUUUACCUCGAGUCUCUUGUCUUGCGAUUUCCCUGAGAACAAUGUCAAGACGUCGUCGAGAAUCGCUCUCAAGUCGAAGCAAACUGCCUCGAGCUCAAGUUUUCCGGAUUCGAUCUUCGCUUGGUCUAAAACCUCGUUGAUCAGCGAAACUAAAGCCUUCCCGCUGCUGCGUGCAGUUCGAACGUAAUCCUGCUGAGUUUCGUCGAGCUCUGUAUCCAUGAGCAUAUGCAGCAUUCCUGUUGGGAACAAAACAUAUGACGAUAUGAUUCGUGUCGAUCAUCUGAAACCGAAGCUGCAAGAGAAAAGUAACGCAUUUUGCUCACCAAGGACGCCGUUCAUCGGUGUUCGGAUUUCGUGCGAUACCGUCGCAAGAAACUGCAUUCAAGACGAACUCAUUUAGAAGUGCGAUCGGAUCGUAAACAAAGUUCGACAAACUACUCAAACCUGCGACUUGGCGAUGUCGGCUGCCUCCGAGCGCUUCUUCAGCUCCAUCAUCUUGUGGUAGUCGUCUUCGACUUUGGCUAUCCGGUUCACCGUGGCGUGGAAGAUCUGUCCCACGAGCAACGAGAUUAUAAGGAUGCCGACCGACGUGGUGAUCGCGACCCACGGCCACGGGGCCCUCUGCUUGAACCGGCAAUGCAUCGCGUGUUUCCUGAACGGAUCGCCGAAGUUGAGGGGGCUGACGUGGUGCAGCCCUUCCGAUGAGGUGGUUGAUCCGUACAUGCUGAUCGGGUGCGAGGAGUUCGUCAUGUCGUACACAUUCACGAGGAUCGUUUGCGUGCUCGCGAGCUGUUGGAGCAGCUUCUCGACGAGCGAUUCGAUGUCGAAGAUCCCGCCGAGAUACCUAUUCAGAAAAAAACGAACGGAAUCAUCGAAAAUUUUCGAGGAAAUCUUGCAAAGAAGCUAGCGAAGAUACCCCGCCGUUUCUUGGAUCCUCUCGUGAGGAGUCGCCGUAGGCGAAAGAUCACGCUUGUAUACGGCGAACGUUAAUAUCACGCCGAGGCGAUUGGUUUUGAGUAACCGGAACGGCGCUGUGAGCACGCCCUUCCCGGAUUCUCUAGCCCGCAACACGUUGUCUCGAUCUUCCUAUUAAAUACACAACACCUGGUUACGCGUACUAGUCGUUCUAACUAUGGGUGUGAUACUCGCGCGUGUUUUUGUGUCGUAGUGCAAAUUAUCGUCGCACCUUGCCCGAAAGUACGUCGAUGGAUAUUAUAUGCGCAACGGUGUCUUGUGCGAAGACGACGGGGGCAUACUCCUCUUGCACCGGUGACGGCUCAAGGUCGGCCGGAUCGUACUCGUCUUCGUGCACCGGCGUUUGCUCCACAUUGUCCAUUCUCUUGAUGCUCCAUCCUUGCCGGACCUCGAAUUCGUCGCGGUCGGCGUGCAGCACCCGGACGGCGUACGCCACGCCGCUUGUUAGCGGCCGCUCGAAGCCGGUUUUCUCGGUGAACCACGCGAACGUUCUCUGAAAUCCAAAUUAGGAUCGAAACCAAAAUAAAUUACGAUGUUCUACAGAGCUGAGCUGUAAAUUAAACAAACAGUUUGAAAAAUUAGUUCAUAUUUUGUUUGCUAAGCUAAUUAAAUUAAACAAGAAUAUAAAUUUUAAGCGAAUUUGAUCUUAUUCGUCACCAUUUAAUAAAGUAAUUAUUAAAAAGUUAAAAAUAUAAAUUAGAAAAAAAAAAAAAAAAAAAAAGAAAA